UACGAGUUUCCUUUCCUGGAGGAAGUUUUCUCUCCAGUCACUUCGCAUAAAAUCGAUUUUGUUUUUGUGCAUGGCUUGAACCCCAGCGGCCGCAAUGAUCACCCAUUUCAGACAUGGACGCACAGCAACGGAAACUUCUGGCCAAGGGACCUUUUAGGUCAAGACCUUCAAUAUUCUCGGGUUUUUGUAUACGGGUACAACUCGAAUAUUACCAACCCACAGACUAUGUCAACAGCAAGCAUCAAAGAUCAUGCAAACACACUUCUGAACUUGCUGGACAUGGAGCGCAGUCCGACCAUGGGUACUAUGCCGCCGAAAUUGAUCUUUGUUGGACACAGCUUGGGCGGAUUGGUGAUCAAGCAGGCGCUCCUCAAUGCCAAAGAAGACCCGAAAUAUUCUUCCAUUCGCAAUGCUACCUCAGGACUUUUGGGAAAGAUCGCAGCCCGCGUCGCUCAUUUCGUAUCAAAGGGGCAUGCCAGCAAUGAUCUCCUGGACUGCUUGGAACACAAUUCCCUUUUUACCCGCCAAAUGACAGAUCGCUUUCGACACCAAUUAGAGGAUUAUCGGGUAGUGAGCUUCAUUGAAGGGAAAGAAGUACAGCUGGGAGGUAUUGGCCCAGCAUCCAUUAGCCACCUUGUUGUUGAUGAGGAGUCAGCAGUAUUGGGCUUGUCGGGUCUGCGUGAAACGCAAUUGAAACUGGAUGCUGAUCACUCACAAAUGUGUAAGGUUGCCUCUCGCGGCCCCAUGUACCGCUUGAUUCAAGGAAACAUCAAACAAUUGGUCAAUCAAGCACUUCUAUCAGAGCAAGGGUUUAUCCCACAGCCAAUGGCGCAAAAUCCAGGACCUUCGCCGCCGCCGCUGCCGCCACGCAUCCAUUCCAAUAGCAGUGUUCCAUACCAGACACGCUCGCUUGCUUCAGUGGAAAAGGUAACAGGAACUAUGUUUACACCCCUGGAUAACGAUGCGCGAUCUGUCAAGUCCGCGGAACUCAAGAAUUUGGCGCGCUGGGAUGAGGCCAGAACAAUCGAAUAUGAGAUCUUUCAAGAACAUCUACGAACACUUGGUCCAGAUCAUUUUGGCACUCUUGCAGUGGCAUAUAAUCUAGCGGAAGUGGAGCUAGAAAGCACAUUCCUGGAAAAGUCUCAUGAAUGGUGCCAAUGGGUGUCGGAUAACUCCCAGCGCGUCUUCGGACCCAAGCAUCCACUGACGAUGAAGACUGAAAGUCUGAUAUCAGAGGUCCUAUGUCAACAAGGCAAGUAUCAAGAGGCUGAAUCAGUUGGCGCCAACGUAUUGGCACGUCAGCAAAUGAACAUUGGCGAGGAGCAUCUGGAUAUCUGUGAGACACGGAGGCGACUAGCAAUGACAUACAAUGCAAUGGGCCGCCGAGAAAAAGCUGUCAUGACCGCAGAGAAACUGACAAACUCUCUGAAAAAUCUUCUCGGUGAAACACACAUUCGCGUUUUCAGUUCCGCAUUGAAUACUUUGAAUUACGUCGUCAGCAAUCAAGCCGGGGAUUCAACUACACUUAUUGUCAUGCGAUUCCAACAAGACGUGCAACAAGCCGUGGAGAUGUUGCAGAAGAUCCACGAGGAACUUCAAACAGCCCUGGGGAACAGCCAUCCGGAAACAAUUCGUGCUCUCUGUCUGUAUGGCCGAGCUCUCAGCUUUGUACAGCAAAGCAUAGAGGCAUCAGAAACACUUCGACGGGCGUUGGCGAGUGCAGAGGAGUCGCUUGGACCCGACCAUCCACUGACAAUAGGGGUGGUGGGAAACAUCGGCCUCAUGUACGUUCAACAAAGUGCUUUUGCUUUCGACCAUGACGCGUCAGAGGCUUAUCCCUGGUUGAUCCGAUGUCUGAACUGGAUUGAAAGCCGGAAAGGCAAAGGUAACCCAGAGACGCAAGCCAUAUUAGAGAUGCUGGCGAACAUGCACUUCAAAGCUAAAGACUACGAGUCCGCUCAAACCUACUACGAGCGCAUAGUUGAAGGGGCGCGUGGAGGUGAUCAGAAACCGGUUGAGAGGAUUGACAGCUUUCUCCAGCUGUGUAGGGCCAACACAAUGUAUACGCGUCGGGGUCGUGGAUCAGGGCUAGGUGGCAUUCUUUCCGCCUUGCAGCACCAGCGAUACUGA